GACCUAUAUGCGCUGCUGAUCUCUUUGCACCUCCUCUGGCGCCUGAGCGAUCGGCCGCAUUUGCAGGAGAGGUGGCUGGCUGAAUCCAAGCAGCUCUUGGAGCAUUUGUUCACCCGACUGCACCGUGAAAUGCCAACCUGGCCACAGGUUCCCUCGACGGAAACACUCCGUGCUGCGCUUGCCGACAUGCUCGAGGAGCCGGUUCCAUCUUGUUCAAGAACCAGGCUGCUGCCGCAUGAACCGGCUGUGGGUUAG